AUGCAGUGAGCUCAGCUGGAAGCUCCUGGUUCCAAGACCCUGAAGUUCCCUUGCCUGACAUCAUCCCAAGGGCCAGUAAGCCUUCUCUGCUCCACUAUUCAAGGGGGACUGGGGAGCUGAGAGGGACAGAGACACUUGGACUCAUCAAGACCUCAAUGCUCCUUCCUUCCAAAGAUACCAGUUUUCUCUGUGUAGCUUACCUCUGUCUCCCCCCAACUUGGCUCUCAACUUGGACCAUGUCCUUAUCUCCAUGGUCCUCACCCAUUGCUCUGCCAUGGGGUCACCUUCCACUUCCACGUCUUGCUCUUGUGUCCUUGUUUCAGCCUUGGAUUCUGAGGCAUCCAAAUGAAGUCCCUCCCCACUGAGGAGCUGAGAGGGAUGUUAUGGCUGGGGCUAGGCUACGGGGGAUGCCUCACACCCAUUGCUGGUUCUUUGCAACCCACUCUGCCUGGGCUUGUCUGGACAGGAAACAAUUAUGCCACUUGGAAUGGGAGGCAGGGUGACAUGUGGGAAGGGACAGUGUGUAAUAGCAGAGAGGAUAUCCAGAGGGAGGAGUUGUUCUGAAGCUGAUGUACUGGACCAAUGCCCAGGGAGGAUUUGAGGGAGCUUGAGCUACAAGAAAAAAGGCAGUGGGUCUCCAGAUUCCUGUAGCCAUGCUGCACUUGCUGUUCAGGUGGGCUCUGCCCUGGGCCAUGCUCCUACUACUACUAGGUUCCCAGCUCCUGGUGACUCACAGCUGGAUUUCCCAAGAGGAUAAAGACAGUUAUGAGCAAAGGGACAUAGAACUUCAUUUCCCUGCUACUGUGGAGUAUGCCUUGCACAUAUUCAACCUACAGAGCAAGGACUCAAUGGCCUACAGGUUGGUGCACAUCCUGAAUUCCUGGAAGGAACAGAUAGAAGACAUUCUGACAUUCUCCAUGGAGAUAAAGCUUCGUAGAACUGAAUGUGAGAAAUUUGAUGAUGACAUUGACAACUGUCCCUUUCAAGAAAGCGCAGAGCUGAACAAUACCAUCACUUGUUUCUUCACCAUCAGCACUGAGCCUUGGAGAACCAAGUUUGUACUCCGGAAUAAGACCUGCUUGGAAGACUUCCUUUGAUUGAGGUCAUGUCCCACCUGGCCUCUAGCUGAUCUUCUUUUGGACACCAGCAUUUCUCUGUAGGAGGCAACACAGGUUGUUCUCUUGCAAGUAUCUGGGUCUCACUUCCAGGCAUUGUGGAAAUGCCUCAUUGUCCAAUUUUUUCGUGUAGAAUAGAUCAUUAAACAUCUGCAUUUCAAGAA